CUCGUAACCACCGAACGGUUAUCCCGAACCGAACCCAGUUCCCAUUCCCAAAACUUUGCAAUCAGGUUUCAUGACGCAUAAUAAGGGCCUGCAUUAACAAAUUGAUAUAGAAGUUAGUCGUAAUGUUUCAAUGAGGAGAGGGAUGCAAGAGGAAAUGUUGAUGCUCCUUGUGUUAAAACAAACAUAUUAUUAUAUGACCCGACUGCAAACAGAUGUGUCACCGAUCAUCUGAAUGGUUACCAAAAGGUUCCCAAAUUAAGCAGCCAGCACCAGAUGCAACCUUGGAAAGCGUCACAGUAAUGGUUUACAGGAGCUGCCCCUGCCUGCGCUGAACAAAGAUAAUUACUCAGGAAACACAGCGGCCAAUGGGGAGCCGCCUUGCAUUCUGCCUGUGAGGGAAGCAGCCAGUCAGAAUCUGGCUAACAUCACUCAGGCCUGAUCGCCUUGCCUGAAGAGCGGAGCCUUCCCCGGCUGAGGGCUGAGAGUGUCCUCCAUGUUUUAUAAGUGUUGACAUAACAGUGUGUCAGGCAGCCAUGCAUCCACAGAGCUUGGCUGAAGAGGAAAUCAAGACUGAGUCCGAUGUACUAGAAGGGAUGGAGGUGUCCGUGCCAACCAAAGUCCCUGACCCCCCAGGGUCAGCGGAACGGGUGCUGGUACCUCAGAAAAGGAAGGUGUCAAGUCCCACCCAUUCCUCCAAUGGCCACUCCCCGACCGACACCUCCCCAAGCCCCAUGAAGAAGAAGAAGAAACCUGGAGCCAUGAGCUCUCACAACAAAGACCAGUCAGAGCUAAGGCACGGCCCCUUUUACUAUGCCAAGCAGCCGGCACUCACCACAGACCCUGUUGAUGUUGUACCGCAGGACGGCAGGAACGACUUCUAUUGCUGGCUGUGCCACCGCGAGGGUCAGGUGCUCUGCUGUGAGCUCUGCCCCCGGGUGUACCACGCCAAGUGCCUCAAACUGCCCGCCGAGCCUGAGGGCGAUUGGUUCUGUCCAGAGUGUGAGAAAAUAACCGUGGCAGAAUGCAUAGAGACCCAGAGCAAGGCCAUGACCAUGCUCACGAUAGACCAGCUAUCCUACCUGCUUAAGUUUGCCCUCCAGAAGAUGAAACAGCCAGGGACGGAGCCCUUCCAUAAGCCUGUGGCUUUGGAACAGCACCCAGAUUAUGCAGAAUACAUCUUUCACGCAAUGGACCUUUUCACCCUAGAGAAGGUACUUAAUGUCAAAAAGAAGAUGUAUGGCUGUACUGAAGCCUUUCUGGCUGAUGUGAAAUGGAUCUUACACAAUUGUAUAAUUUAUAAUGGAGGUAAUCACAAACUAACCGCAACAGCAAAGGUCAUUGUUAAGAUUUGUGAACAUGAGAUGAAUGAGAUAGAGGUCUGUCCAGAGUGCUACCUGUCGUCCUGCCAAAAAAGGGAUAACUGGUUCUGUGAGCCAUGUAGCCCGCCCCACCCUCUGGUGUGGGCCAAGCUGAAGGGCUUCCCGUUCUGGCCGGCUAAAGCACUGCGGGAGAAGGACGGCCAGGUAGACGCACGCUUCUUCGGUCAACACGACAGGGCUUGGGUGCCGCUCAACAACUGCUACCUCAUGUCCAAAGAAAUCCCGUUCUCGGUGAAGAAGACCAAGAGCAUCUUCAACAGCGCCAUGCAGGAGAUGGAGGUCUACGUGGAGAACAUCCGCAGGAAAUUCGGCGUCUUCAACUACGCGCCGUUCCGCACGCCCUUCACCCCCAACAACCAGCUGCAGAUGCUGCUGGACCCGUCCAACCCCGGGGCGGGCACCGUGAAACUUGAGAAACCGGAAAAGCUGCGCCUCAACUUUGACAUCACCAUAUCCCCCAAGAUGCUCCUGGGCAAGAGCUCGGCGCCCAGCGGCAUGAGCCGGCGAAUCUCCAUGACAGACAUGCCGCGCUCCCCCAUGAGCACCAACUCCUCCGUCCACACGGGGUCGGACGCGGAGCCGGACGGCAACGACAAGCCACCCCGGAACCUGCCGUUCCACUACAGCACGGGAGAGGAGUCCAUGGACUUCAGCGCAUCCCCCGCCUCGUCGAAGAUAGGCCCAGCAGGCAGCGCGACGGGCAGCCCGAAGCCCUUCAACCCUGGGCUGGUGCCAAAGCAGGAGAGGACUACAGGCCCAGGGAGCAUCCUUAAUCUGAAUCUGGACCGGGUGAAGGCUGAGAUGGAUCUGAAGGAGCUGAGUGAGUCUGUGCAGCAGCAACAGCAACAGCAGCAGGGUGCGGCGGUCCUACCCACACCGAAGAGACCAAUCAGAAGCCUGGACAAGACCAUAGAAAGCUGCAAGGCCCAACUGGGCAUAGACGAGAUAUCGGAAGAUGUCUACAAAGGUGUGGAACACAGUGACUCUGAGGAUUCAGACAAAUCCGACUCCAGCGACAGCGAGUACCCAAGCGAUGAGGAGCACAAGCCCAAGAGCUCGGCCCACGAGGACAAGGAGAAAGCUGAGAGAAGGAGGCCAAGGUCCUUAGGCCAGGGGGAGGGCCCGGAGGGAGGGUCGGACACGGGGGAUAAGGUCACCUCCGAUCCCUUGGUCCCAGAGAAGCAGGGCAGCAACGGCCAGGAUAGGGACCCCCAGGACAAGCCCAGGGCGCCCGGGGGUCAGCCCCCUCUGGAUACAACCAAGGCCCCAGAGGAAGGGAGGUCGGCUGCCCUUGCGUCCUCGGCAGAGCAAGACUCUGAUUCUGAAAGAGAGCUGGUGAUCGACCUGGGUGAUGAGAAUGGAGGCCGCGAUCGCAAGAGGCCCAAGAAAGAGCCUGCAACUUCUAUGGCCAAAAUGGUCAAAGAUCCUUCUGCUGUCAAGAUGGAAGGUAAAUUUCCAUUGUCUGCUGUAGCAGCUUCACCAGCACAGGAAGCUUUGAACCAAAAAGACUCCUCCCAGCCCCCCACAAUGGCUGCCCACAGCCUAGUGUCUGCAGCGGCUUCCGCUCAGACCACCACAGCCCCUGUCUGGAGCCCCCCCGCCCCCUCUCCUUCCUCCACUUCGGCGUCCACCACCAGCAGCACCUCCACAUCCGUCGCCGCCGCUCCUUCAGCUGCAAAGAAACAGCGCCCUCUGCUGCCCAAGGAGGCGGGUCAGGCUGUGCCCCGCGCGGUCGUGUGGAAUCCCACGAGCAAGUUCCCCACCUCCUUCAAGAAGGUGCACGUGCAGAAAGUUCAGAGCCAGCAGCAUCAGCAGCCGCCGCAGCAGCCUGGGGAGCCGGCAGCGGUGGCGGCGCCGGCCCCGGUGGCGGCGCCGCUGCAGGCCCACAGCCCGUCACAGUCACAGCAGCAGAACUCCUCGUCCAGCAGCCGCUACCAGACCAGGCAGUCCGCUAAAGUGAAAGACCCCCCUCAUAGCACUUCAACCUCGUCUGCUACGCCCACCACUGCUGGCGGGGCCAGCUCCACCUCCUCCUCCGCCGCCUCCUCCUCCUCCUUCCUGAUUGGAGACCUGCAGAUCCCCACAGGCUCAGCUGACGUGGCCGCAGACAUAGCCAAGUACACAAGCAAAAUGAUGGACACAAUAAAAGGGACAAUGACGGAGAUCUACAACGACCUUUCCAAAAGCACAUCAGGAAACACAAUCGCUGAGAUACGACGGUUACGGAUAGAGAUAGAGAAGCUGCAGUGGUUACAUCAGCAAGAGCUGUCUGAGAUGAAGCACAAUCUGGAGCUGACUAUGGCGGAGAUGCGCCAGAGUCUGGAGCAGGAGAGGGAGCGGCUGGUGGCCGAGGUGAAGAAACAGACGGAGUCGGAGAAGCAGCAGGCGGUGGACGAGACCAAGAAGAAACAAUGGUGCGCCAACUGCAGGAAGGAGGCCAUCUUCUACUGCUGCUGGAACACCAGCUACUGCGACUACCCCUGCCAGCAGGCCCACUGGCCGGAGCACAUGAAGUCCUGCACUCAGUCAGGUCGGCCCAACUCCACAGCUCCACAGCCGGAACCCGAGACAGAGCCCAGCUCGGACCCUACGGCCAAGCCUCCGACUCACCCCCCCGCCACGCAGACACUUCCCUCCGCCGCUGGGUCGAUACCAGACAAAAACUCCUCCCCCCGAUAUUUGGAAAAAAGCAAGGACAGUGCGGCUGGAGUUACUGUAACCUAAUUAGACACUAUGUACACAUACGGUUUUUCCUUUUCAAUAUGGCCGCCGCGGGCACCACAAGACGAAAAAGCGCAUUGCAUCGCUGUAAAAACUGAAAGAAAAAUGUGUUAAUUUCCCCAGCUCCUGUGUUGCCUGUUUUGCUUGGGGAUUGAAUAUUUCAAAUCAUCCAAUAACUUGGAUUUUCACAAAUGUUUGUAAAGUGGGGCUCACUUCGUAACUCUCUUAAACAUGUAUGCUUGUAUAUUUUUGGACAAGAUAUUUUUUGGGAGAUUAAAUGGCUUUGUUACCAGCUCAUUUCUGACCUAAGAAGGAAGAUUGUAUCAAACAAUUGAACAUUCAUUACAUGUCAUCAGUGCAGUACCAGUGUACUUAAUGGUUAUAAAACAAAUGUUUUCAAAGCAGCCAAAAUAAAAGUGAACCCAACUGCUGGGGUGCCAAUAUAUAUUUUCAGUAAUGUAACGUUCAUCCACUUUCUCAUUUACCGAUAUUGUCUAAUAACAUUUACAUUGACUCAUGUUUUCCAAUGUUGUUCGCCUCUGUACACAUACAAUUAUGUGAUUAUAAAAAUAAUCAAAACAUUUUAACUGUACAAAGCUUUUUUGUAAUAAGAAACAUGAACAAUAUUUAUAGUGUUAUGAUUGUUAUGGGAUGUUUAAUCAAAUCACAUUUCUAUGUGUCUAAAAGCAAAAAAUGUUUAGGAUAUACGUUUACUUGAGAUGAUUGUCACCACAAAGAGCAAAAUCUAUUCAACGUAAAAAAAAGAAGUGUUAAACAGUCUUAUAAUGGGGUAAGUGGAUACUGUAUUUGUGAGCAUGUCUUUUUAUAUUUUGUCAUGUUCUCGUUUACAUAUUGUACAUAGAUUAAAUGAAUUGGUGAAGUAUAAUAAAACUGGGCAGAAUGGCUCUGACUACC